CAGUGCUGUACGUGCUGCUCUCACGAGUCACACUCUCGCUCUCCCUGUCCGAGGUUGGGUACAGUGCAUAACGAUUCAGCGCAGCGGAAAUAUCGGACGUGCGCAUCGCAUUCUACUGGGAAGACCGACUACACGGCAGCUACAGCACGAUAUUCGACAAGACAAUAAAAAUCGAAGAGAAAGAUUACAUUAUCGAGCGCCUUGACCUAGCAUCGAUGAAUCGACCGAGAGGCGGAGGCUAUUCUGAAUCUGCACCCACCAGGGACCUGGACUGAUGCAUGACCGCCAGCUUGUUUUUGUGUCAAAUUGCGCGUUUCACUCCUGAAUGUUAAGUGGACAAAUUAUGUGGACGUGAGGAUUAUGCGCAGUCAUUCAGCGUGCGUGUUUCAUUCGGGGUCCUUUGUUGUUGCGCGAACGAGAAGUGGAUUUUGAUGCGGACAGAACAGAUACCAACCACACUCUCUCUAUGGUCGUGUUUCCCAUCCGGAGCCUUGGCUAGCUCGCUAGCAAGCAAGCCAGCAACAUAACGCACAUCACAGCGACGGCAGGGGAGGACUACCAGCCCGUGUCCAUGGACAGCACGUCCAUCAUAACCCAGGUCGCAAAUCCCAAGGAUGAGGAAAUCAUAACAUGCCAAGAGAAAGUUCCCCACUCCAAUGGCAGUCUUAAGAAGCACCGCAGUCGCAGCAUCUUCAGUCCCUUCUUCUGCUGUUUUCGCAACUACAAUGUGGAGGCUCCCAGCACCAAAACCCCCACACCACCCCCUGCUGCCGCACAGGAGAACGGCAGCCCACCCAAGUGUGAACAGGUGCAGGUUAUUUCCAUCCCCAGUUCUCCUGCUAAAUUCCUGCUUCCCGAGGUGACCAGAGAUGACUAUGGGAAGAACUGUGUGGUCAUUGACCUGGAUGAGACUCUGGUACACAGCUCCUUCAAGCCAAUCAACAAUGCCGACUUCAUUGUCCCUGUGGAGAUCGAUGGGACCGUUCAUCAGGUGUACGUCCUUAAGAGGCCGCAUGUGGACGAGUUUCUGCAAAAGAUGGGAGAGCUGUUCGAGUGUGUCCUCUUCACAGCCAGCCUAGCCAAGUACGCGGACCCCGUAGCGGAUCUCCUGGACCAGUGGGGUGUGUUCCGCGCGCGUCUCUUCAGGGAGUCCUGCGUGUUCCACCGGGGGAACUACGUGAAGGACCUCAGCCGACUGGGCAGGGAACUCAGCAGAGUCAUCAUAGUGGACAACUCACCUGCGUCCUACAUCUUCCACCCAGAGAACGCUGUGCCGGUGCAGUCCUGGUUUGACGACAUGUCGGAUACGGAGCUUCUGGACCUCAUCCCCGUCUUCGAGGGACUCAGCACAGAGUCAGACAUUUACACUAUGUUACAGAACCUACGCGCCAGGUAGCAGACUAUACAUACGUAAAUACAUACACACACACACACACACAUACACACACACACACACACAAACCUCCUCCCAUAUCCUCAGCUCAAUCUGUAGCCCAACCUUCCCCCAUUGACUUAGAACUCGUCCUUCACAGACACACACACACACACACACACACACACACACACACACACACACACAUUCAUUGUGCCGCAGCCUUGGCUCAGAUUGUGGCUGUUCGGGUGGCAUCCUGAGGAGGGCGCCAGUGUCCAACACAGCAGACAGCAGAGCUCAUCUGCACACACACACACAUCCACACACAUAUGAACAGUGGUGCUCUCCACCCCGGCCCUUCAAAAGUGAGAAGUGGAGCUUUACCCUCCUACCAUCUGUGGACUAUUCGGACUCCAAUGGGCUACUGUGGAACUCUGCGUAGUAUAGACGUAUACAUGACAUAUAUGCUUGUAUAUGCAUAUGUAUAUACAUCUGUGAACUCCAGUGGGAUUACAGUGGGACUCCAGCGUAGACAUACAUACAUAAAGAAAUACAGAUAUUUACGUAUAAAUAACAUAUAUUUAUACGUAUAUGUGUAUGCACAGGUAUGUAUGUCUAUGAACUCCUCUGGCACUUUGGCCCAAACACACUAAAAGUGACUAGAGCAACAACGGCGACGGAAGUAAUUGACUUUGUAUGGAGGAGCUGGCAACAGAAGAGACAAAUGCAAUUUGGGCGACAGAAGACAAUUUGAGCGACUUGAGUGUCAUUUGCUAGUUGAACUUCAGCGAAUAUUGUGCUAAUGAGCUACGAUGCAGUUCGGCGACAACCACUGCAGCGAAUUGGAAUGUCGGAAUCCUUUUAUCGGUCAUACUCUGUCGCUUUUAUCGCUUGUGUCGCUCUUGCUAUUAAGACAGUCCAGCGACUCUUUGUAGCUUUUGUCUCUUCUGGCGUGUUUUGCACCGUAAAGACAGACUAAAGCCCCUGUGAGAUGGACAUGGAGAUGUGAUGGACAUUGGAAGAUUUGUGAGAUGGCCAUGAUGGACGUGUAAAUAGACUCUGAUUCUCGUUCUGACCUCCAGAAGGGAGAAGCAACAUGACGGGAAACUCUAGAAACCUACUUUUGUACCAGAAGGACACAAGAGCCAGCUAACCUCUUGAUUACCUACAGUAUAUAUUUACCAAAAAACAAACAAAAAAGUCCAUAAAAAGGAAACAAACAGACAGACAAAAGAACAAGCAGAAGCAUAUUGCUAUUUCUAUAAGAGAGGUCUUUGCUGUCCCGCGCAUCACAGUCAGAGUUGGCCAAAGUGAAAUCAGAAGUAAAAGAACAAAACCUGACAUAGUUUCCCUCCAACACAAGUAACUUCACUGAGUAACUGGUCUACAGUUACUAUGGAGCGUUUUUUUUUCUUCUCAUCUACCCACCUCAUUAGGUGUAAUGGCAUAACUGGUGUAACUGUUAAGUAACAUUAUGUACUAGUGUUGCACUAACAACAUACAUUGGUAAAACUUAACUUGACAUACGUAUGACAUAACAGUGUCCUAACACAGCCAUUGACAUGUCAUAAACAUUAUGUCCAUGUUAUGAACAUAUUACUGUUGUCAUCGAGUGAUAUUAGGUUCUGAUAAACACAGCCCUAACAAUGUCAACUUUUCAUGAACAUAAAAUGUUUAUGACAUUGACAGCAUGUUUAUGACUCGUCCAUGGCUGUGUCAUGACACUUUUUUGACAUUACUAGGACACUGUUAUGUCACGCGCAUGACGCCGGUGUCAAGUAGAAGUGUAACUCAUACAUUUACUUCCACUUUGACUUUGGCUACCUCUGAUGGUGGUCAUGAUGUUUAGUUGUCGCUAUGCAGUGCGCUUCUCUAUCUCUCUGGAUCUACUGUGAUGCUCUCCUCCUCCUUCUCUCAGCCCUACAAGUGCCUUCAGGUGUCUCGGUUUGUUUGAGCAAGAUUUGCUUUCUUCAUUUCUUUAUUUAUUGAUUUCGUAUGUUGCUUAUUUACAGAGAAACCCAACCUUUAAACAGUGUAAUGAGAAGACUGCGUGAAAUAUGUCUGUAUUGUUUUAUUUUAUUUGAAAUCUUAUUUAUGAAGAUGAGUGUUGGAGUGUGGGGUUUGCCACAUGGGGAAUUCAGCUGUUUAUUAACGUGACAGAUGUCUUCAGAGUUUGAUAUUUGUUGGCAACACUUUAGAUUAACAGUUGCUAAAAAGCUUUUGAAACACUUUGUAGAUAAUUAACUUCUACUCAACAAAACAUUAACAAACGUUUGUAAAUCAGUAAGAAACACUAUGUUAACACAGCAGACGCGUCACAUCUGCAACAGUGGCAUUAGUCCUGGAAGUUUGCAAAAAGGAAAAAGAUGAAGCCGCUGGAUAUAGAACAGUCCGGCAGGGAAACAAACAUCAAGCACAUCCAGCAGGUGCAGAGUUCCUCUCCGCUGUGGAAAUGUAAGUUGGUUCUUACUCAUUUGCAAACACUAUAAAAUAUGUUUGGUUUAUUACUAUUUAUAUUAUUAAAAUGUGUUUAUAAAGUGUUCAUAAAGCUUUUUAAGGGACUGUUAUUCUGAAGUGUUACCAAUGUUUUAUGAUCAUCACCAUGUUGUUAGUUUAUGGCUAAUUAUUGCAAAUAUGACCCAUUAUACAAUGAUGAAAUGAUAUGAUACAGUACGAUAUACAUAAUGAUAUACGCUACAAUGACAAAAACACUUUUCUUCAUCAAUAGCAAACCAGUACAAUUGCGAUUUGAUGUAACGGUAACGGAAAAAUGAACAAUGCUGAUAAUGUCUAAAUUGUUUCUUGUUUUAAAAAAAUGAACCUAUUUUGACCAAUCUGUAAAAAUGAUAUGGAUAUAUUCUAAAGUGUCAAUGAAAACAAAUUGCAAGUAUGUCCGACCUUGAAGAGACUUAAGACACACGCACACACACACACACACACACACACACACACACACACACACACACACACACACACACACACACACACACACACACACACACACACACACACACACACACACAGACACAGACACAUGGACAUACGGACAUAUGGUACACGGAAAUAUACACACACGACAUACACACGAGACACUAGUAUAAUUCUUUGAACAUGUUUCAGUGAAAAGUGGCAUUAAAAUGAGUUGGUUCUCUGCCUCAA